ACACAUCACUGUUGUGCUCGUGCAGGGCAAAUUGUAAGGGCGUGAGCGCGCGCUGAAAUAGUCCCAUUUGCUUCCCUGGGAGAGAGAACCGGGUGCGGUAAGCGAGAGAGGAGAACGCGGAAACAGCAGGAGCGGUCCGCAAGAGGUACAGCUACCGGUGACAGCGAAACACUCGAACGGUAUAGAACCCAGAUCCUGGGUGCAUUUUUUUCGUGAAGUUAUCGGAUCAGAGGCUUUUUUUUUGUUGUAUCGCUGUAAGGGGAUUUUUCUUCAGUAGAGAGUCAUUCGGGAUUCAGAAUGUCGGGGAGCAGGGAGGAGGAGCGGCGGAAACUAGCCGAUAUCAUUAACCACUGGAACGCCAACCGGCUUGACCUGUUCGAGAUCAGCCAACCCACCGAGGACUUGGAGUUCCACGGCGUGAUGCGUUUCUACUUCCAGGACCGCGUAGCAGGGAACUUUGCCACCAAGUGUAUCCGCGUGUCCUCCACGGCCACCACUCAGGAUGUCAUUGAGACGCUGGCCGAGAAGUUCCGGCCCGACAUGAGGAUGCUCUCCUCGCCCAAAUACUCCCUCUACGAGGUCCAUGUCAGCGGGGAAGAACGGAAGCUGGACCUGGAUGAGAAGCCACUGGUUGUGCAGCUCAACUGGAACAAAGACGACCGCGAGGGACGUUUCGUCCUCAAGAAUGAGAACGACAUCAUCCCCAAGAAGGCGCAGAGCAACGGGCCGGAGAGGGAGAAGGAGGGAGUAAUCCAGAACUUCAAACGGACACUGUCCAAGAAAGAGAAGAAGAAGGAGAAGAAACGAGAGAAGGAGGCUCACAUUUCUGACGGAGAUGAGCAAGCACUGAGCAGAGAAGAUGGUGAGAACUCCAGACUGGCGGCGGAGGUGUACAAGGACAUGCCGGAGAACAGCUUCACCCGGACCAUCUCCAACCCUGAGGUGGUGAUGAAGAGGAGGCGGCAGCAGAAACUGGAGAAGAGGAUGCAGGAGUUCCGCAGCAGCGACGGCAGGCCAGACUCGGGGGGGACGUUGAGGAUCUAUGCAGACAGUCUGAAACCCAAUAUCCCCUAUAAGACCAUCUUGCUGUCCACGACAGACAUGGCAGACUUUGCUGUGGUGGAGGCCCUGGAGAAGUACGGCCUGGAGAAGGAGAACCCCCGGGAGUACUGCAUUGCCAGGCACACAGAUGACAAGUCUGGGAAGGAGAUCAUCCUGGAUGAUACAGAGUGUCCUCUUCAGAUCUUCAGAGACUGGCCCAACGACAGAGGAGACCUAGUAUUCCAGCUGAAGAAGAGACCUCCAGACUACGUGCCAAAGAAGGGUCGCAAGCCAGAGGACAAGGGCCCCAGGGGGAAGGGCAUGGACAUGUCCCUGCAUGGGUCUCUACCCCCAGAGAAACUGCCUUACCUGGUGGAGCUCAGCCCAGGGAGGGGGAAUCACUAUGGCUACUACACCUAUCGGCAUCACGAAGACGGCUCAGACUCCAGGGACAAACCGAAACUCUACCGCCUGCAGCACAGUGUCACCGAGGUGGGCUCAGACACUACAGACGACGGCUCCAUCCAGCUGUUUGGUCCAGGUAUCCUGCCCCACCACUGUAAACUGAUGCAUACGGAGGGUUUGGUGACCGUGACACCACACAGUCUGGAGGCUGAGACUUACGUGGACGGCCAGCGUGUCACCGAGACCACCGUGCUGCGAAGCGGAGCCACACUGCAGUUCGGCGCCUCCCACGUGUUCAAGUUUGUGGACCCCAGCUACGACCACAGCAUGGGCAAGGGAGGGCCCGGACAAAUGAUGAGAGGCAGGCACAAGUCAGGAAGUGUUCCUGAGACGACCUUUGACCUGCAAGGGGACCUCCACAGUGGGACGGCCCUCUCCACCAGCAAGAGCUCAGGGAAGCUGGAAAUGGAGCGUUCAUCCAACGGCAGCGAGAGAGGCAUGGUCAAACCCAUGAUCCGCGGGGAGCAGCAGGACAGCAGGUCCCAGGACAGCCUGAGCCCAGAAGUGACGCUGCCGGCCAGCAUCGAGUUCAGGGACAACUCCGAAGAUACCUUCCUGACGGCCAUCAUCAACUACACCAACAGCUCCACGGUGCACUUCAAGCUGUCCCCCACCUACGUGUUGUACAUGACCUGUCGCUACGUCAUGUCCAGCCACUACCGGCCCGACAUCGGCCCCUCGGAGCGCACCCACAAAGUCAUAGCCAUCGUCAACAAGAUGGUGAGCAUGAUGGAAGGAGUCAUCCAGGAGAUUCCUGAAGCGGACCAGAAGCAGAAGAACAUUGCGGGGGCCCUGGCUUUCUGGAUGGCCAAUGCCUCAGAGCUGCUCAACUUCAUCAAGCAGGACAAGGAUCUGUCGCGCAUCACACUGGACGCCCAGGACGUGCUGGCACACCUCGUCCAGAUGGCCUUCAAGUACCUGGUCCAGUGUCUGCAGUCUGACCUGAGUAACUACAUGCCUGCCUUCCUGGACGACCCAGAGGAACAGAACCCUCAAAGGCCCAAAAUAGAGGAUGUUUUGCACACCCUGACGGGCGCCAUGUCGCUGCUGCGUCGUUGCCGUGUCAACGCGGCGCUGACCAUCCAGCUGUUCUCCCAGCUCUUCCACUUCAUCAACAUGUGGCUGUUCAACAAGCUGGUGAUGGAGGCCGACUCUGGACUGUGUUCACACUACUGGGGCGCCAUCCUCCGCCAGCAGCUCAGCCACAUCGAGGCCUGGGCAGAGAAACAGGGCCUGGAGCUGGCUGCUGACUGCCACCUCAGUCGCAUCGUACAGGCUACGACUCUUCUCACCAUGGACAAGUACUCCAUGCAGGACGUGCAGAACAUCCACAACACCUGCUUCAAGCUGAACUCCCUGCAGCUCAACGCCCUCAUGACCAACUACCACUGUGCUCCCGACGAGCCUUACAUCCCCCCAGAGCUUAUAGACCACGUGGUUGCCGUGGCGGAGAACACAGCAGAUGAGCUGGCUCGUAGCGACGGACGAGAGGUCCAGCUAGAGGAGGACCCUGACCUGCAGCUGCCCUUCCUGCUGCCCGAGGACGGCUACUCCUGCGACGUUGUGAGGAACAUUCCCAACGGAUUCCAGGAGUUCCUGGACCCCCUUUGUCAGAGAGGAUUCUGUCGGCUAACCCCUCACCCGCGCUCCCCUGGGACCUGGACCAUCCACUUUGAAGGAGUCGACUGCGACAGCCACUUCUCUGCAGACAACUCAGACCUGCAAAUGCGGAAGGAACCGGAAGUUGUGACGGUCACCCUGAAGAAGCACAAUGGCAUGGGCCUCAGCAUUGUGGCUGCCAAGGGUGCUGGGCAGGACAAGCUCGGGAUCUACAUCAAGUCUGUUGUGAAGGGAGGCGCGGCUGACAUGGACGGGCGUCUGGCUGCAGGGGACCAGCUGCUGAGUGUGGACGGCCGCAGCUUGGUGGGCCUUUCCCAGGAGAGGGCUGCGGAGUUGAUGACGAGGACAGGCUCUGUGGUGACACUGGAGGUGGCCAAACAGGGAGCCAUCUACCACGGCCUGGCCACGCUCCUCAACCAGCCUUCUCCUAUGAUGCCCAGAGCGUCGCAGGGAGGGCGUGACAAGAAUGGUAAACUGAGACCAAAGAGCGAAGGCUUUGAACUGUACAACAACUCGGUCCAGAACGGCUCUCCAGAGAGCCCCCAGGCCGACUGGCAGGCCUACCCAGAACCAAAGAAGAUGAGCGGGGAGGAGAGGCUACUGAAGAACCGGGCCGACCACCGCUCCAGCCCCAACGUGGCCAACCAGAGCCAGAGUCCGGGAGGGAAGGCCGUCUACACACGAGGACCUGGGACCAAGAUCACCUCUGUCUCCACGGGCAACCUGUGUGUUGACGACGAGCCCUCUCCUCCCCAUCCGGAGGCCUAUCCUAUUCCCACUCAGACCUACCCCAGGGAAUACUUCACCAUCCCAGCCUCCAAGUCUACGAACCGGAUGGACUCGGCCCCAGGACAGAUAUACGCUGACGACAGGGGUCCUCCCGGCCCCAUGGAAGACCACCACCACAACAGCAUAGCUAUGCAGCGGGUGGACCACUCUCAGGAGGAGCUGUGUGACCUCCCAGGGGGCUACCCUCCAACCGGCCUGCGUCCUGAGGACUUGGUCCACCUGCACCAGCAGCAGCAGAGAGAGGCUGACUACCAGCGGGGCAGUGGGGAACACUGGGUCAACCACCACCAGGUCUCCUCCUCUGUGGAGUCCUCCACCUCCAGCCAGGAGCACCUCAACUACUCCUCGUCCUCCUCCAACAAGACCCAGAGCAACCACAAGAGUGGCCCGGGACGCUGGAAGACCCCCGGCCCCAUCGCUCCCCACCCAGGCCCCGUGGCCCAGUCCACACGCACGGACCUCCCUCCCCCUCCACCGCCCCCUCCCCCCGUACACUACCAGGACUUUGAGCUCCAGCCCGACCUGCCCCUGCCCCCUCCUCCCUCAGCCACCCAGCAGCAGGCCGCAGCCGCCGCAGCCGACCGCAAGAAGCGCGAGGAGCAGCAGCGCUGGUAUGAGAAGGAGAAGGCCCGGUUAGAGGAGGAGAGGGAGAGGAAGAGGAGGGAGCAGGAGAGGAAGCUGGGACAGGUCCGUAACCCAGCUGUGCCUGUAGCCCACAACAACAACCAACACGGGGGCACACUCCCCCCUCCCACACAGCACCAGCAGAUGCCCCCUCCCCGGUCCCCCAUGCAGCAGGUGCCCCAUCCCUACCCCCCCCCCCAGGGCCAACAGCAGGCCCAGCAGCAGCAGCCCCCCAGGCCAGAGAAACUGUCCACCCUGCCCAGAGCGGGCACCCUGCCCCCUCAGGGUAACCCAAUGGACACCGUGAUCAGAGAGCUGCUCCCCCAGCAGCAGCCCCGCACCAUCGAGCGCCGGGACCUACAGUACAUCACCAUCAGCAAGGAGGAGCUGUCUUCCAGCGACAGCCUGUCCCCAGACCCCUGGAAGAGGGACGCCCGGGAGAAGCUGGAGAAGCAGCAGCAGCUGCACAUCGUAGAUCUGCUGGACAGGGAGAUCCAGGACCUGCAGGCCAAGCCGGAGCGUACGGCCGAGGAGAGCGACCGGCUCAGGAAGUUGAUGCUGGAGUGGCAGUUCCAGAAGAGACUGCAGGAGUCCAAGCAGAGUGAUGAGGAAGAUGAGGAGGAUGACGACGAGGACGUGGACACCAUGAUGAUCAUGCAGCGGCUGGAGGCAGAGAAGAGAGCAAGGCAGACUGCUGUCCCAGCAAUCUCUGUUCUAGACUUGUUGCAGGACGAGGAGCGGCGGAGGAAGCAACAGCUGGAGGAGAUCCGUAAGCGCGAAGCGGAGGACCGGGCCAAACAGGAGGAGGAGAGACGCUGGAGAGAGGAGGAGAGGGCCAGACGAGAGGUCGAUGAGAAGAGGAGGCAGGAGGAGGAGUACUACACACGUCUGGAGGAAGGGCGGCGCCGGCAGCACGAGGAGGCCGAGCGCAAGCUGCUGACGCCUGACGAGCCUGGUCUGUACAGACCUCCCCUCCCCAGGGACUACCAGCCUCAGCCCCCCCCUCCCACUGCAUCCCCCGCAACCACUGCCACUAACGCUCCACCACCCCCGCCUCAGAGAAACACUUCCUACCUCAAAACCCAGGUCGUCUCCCCUGACGCCUUGUACACUGCCAAGUUUGUCUCGUACAAUGACGAGGAGGAUGAGGACACUACAGGCCUAGCAGGUCAGGUUAAGCUCUCCUCCACCAGGAAGUCCUAUGGCGACCUCCCGCCCGCGCACAAGCCGCAGCCGCCUGCGCGCAAGCCCCGUCCUAUGUCUGAUGGGAUCUUUCUGUCCAGCUCAUUCCAGCCGCCGGCUGUCAAUGCCAACAGUACUGCAGGGCAGCCCCCUCCCCCUCCCAUCAAACCCAGCCUCAGCUUCAUCCCGACAGGCAACUUUAAAGGAUUUCAUUCAUACACUGGAAACACAACCGGGCUUGUAGGAUCAGGAGAAGUUUACAAGGACCCGCGAGAAAAGUGGACGAAAGGUGGUCAAGAACAGGAAAACACUUUAAGUGAAGGAGCCCCGGAGAGUAUGACAUUCAAGGAGCGCCAGCGGCUUUUUUCCCAAGGGAAGGAAGUAUCCAACAAAGUCAAGGCCUCGCGAAAACUCAUGGAGCUGGAAAAUGAACUCAACACAAAGCAGUAGACAAGUAGCCUUAGCAAGAAAAAUUGACCGCCAGGCCCCGACUGAGCAAUGGGAAAGAGAGACAGGUUUUGUUUCCCAGUGACUCUGCUUUUUUGUUGUUUUUAUUGAACAACAUACAUUACAUACAAUUUAGACGUAUCGUUGCAAUAGGUGAGACAUUUAUUUGCUUAAUUUCCCUCUUAAACUAUCAGAUAUUAUAAUAAAGCACUGUAAAAAAAAUAAUAAUACAUAACAAAAAUGAAUUAUACUACUAAGACAAAUUUGAAAUCACAUGAAGGGGAAUAUAUUUUUGUUUGUAAAAUGGUUCUUGGGUUAAGGGAUGAAAAAGUUUUGUUCAUUUAAACGAUUUUAAUAGCUUAAUGUAAUGUGGAAUAUUUUAUGAUGUUAUUUUAUGCUCUUUCUGCAUUACAUAUUUUCACACUUUUAAAUAAAUGCCCAGGCUUACCAGACCAAUCUUUUAAGUUGAACUUCUUUCUAUACUCAUUGAUUCAAAUGGAGUAAGUUGUCCAUUCUGGUUUGUGAUACACUGUAUUAUUCAUUCCUUAGAAUGUGGCUUUAGUUUUGAUCCAGGCAUCACUGGAAGAGGAUAUGUCUUCACUAUGACUUCCACAUAUAUAAACUGGUUUACUGGGGGUCCACCUGAGUGCACGCCCACACUGUAAAUAUCUCUCUCCUUCCAAACAUAACUCUCAAUUCUUAAUAGUAACAGCUCUCAUUUGGUUUUCAUCUUCAGAAAUGGACGGUUCAGAGUUUAUCCAACAGGGCAUUUUAUACAAGUGUGACGUAGGAAAUUGAGAUAAGGAACUCCUUCCUACCUUUUGGUUCUCACUGUAAAUUUGGGAAGGGGGGGGGGGGGGGUCUUAUGUUUUCUAUUCCCCCCCCCCCCCCCCCCCCCCACACACACUUUUUAGUAUUGAUUUUCUUUGUUUGAAUUUAACAGUAAUUUGCCGAGUUGUGAAAUUUGACCAGUUAUAUACAUUGCCAGUAUGCGGAAAGUGGAAGCGUACCAUGAUGGAAAAUUACUUCAUUUUCAGUUCAAAUGAUAAUAAAAAUCCAAAGUAAAAACCUUGUUUUGUUUUAACAGGUAUUUAUUUGAACCUUAUGUAAUGUACUUGCACAGAUUUUGUUUAUUUAAAAUGCUUGAGCAUUCGGUUAAAUCGAUACAAACAAACAUUGAAUACAUUUGGGACCUAUAGGCUACUGUAGGUAAAUGCUGUUUUAAGGAUUUGGGCAGAAUGCUAUUUACAUGAAGUACAUCUCUUCAUUCACAGCUGUUUGAGAGACUCCAUCUUGUGUGUAAAUAUGAUUUAUUUUUUUUCAGAACAUGGGCCAGAUUUGACUUUGUUAAUGUUCAUUAUCCAUAAAGUAACGGUAUCAAUAUCCUGUUUCAGCUUUAAAGAUGUUAACCGACAUGUAUACAAAUGUAUUCAUGUUUCUCAUUUUAGGUAACACAUUUGAAUCAUUUAAAUUGUUUCAUGAUAGCCUUUUGUAAAUCAUUAAUAAAUACAGAUUUUACAAAA